CCCACCGCGACCCAAUUCGUCGACUGCCCCUCCUGUUGGCUCCGUCGUUCUUUUCCGGGCGAAGCCUAUAAAUGCCCUAGAAAGCCCAACCGCCACGGCCCCGCCUUCCGUUCUGCCACCGACCGCUCCCAGAUGGCGAAGAGGCCGCCCACGCCGCCUCUUGCUGCUUCUCUUUCUCCGCCGCCUGCUGCUUCUGACCAGGACUUCGAUCCCAACUCCUGCUCCCUCGAGAAGUUCCGCCUUUACGAGACCCGAGCCAGAUUUUACCUAAUCGGAAGCGAUCGGGACAAGCGGUUCUUCCGGGUGCUUAAGAUCGACCGCUCCGAGCCGUCCGAACUUAACAUCAGCGAGGACCCCGUCGUGUACUCGCCGAAGGAGGUCAAGAGCCUCCUCCAGAGGAUCGACGAGGGAAAUCGCGCCACUGGGGGCCUCAGCUUUGUCGGCAAGGUCUACGGAAUUGCAGGCUGCAUUAAGUUUUUGGAGUCGUAUUAUCUGAUUCUGGUCACGAAGCGUCGACAGAUUGGAUGUAUAUGCGGACAUGCGAUUUAUUGCAUUGAUGAGAGCCAGCUGAUCACUGUGCCACAUUCUUCGAUUCAGUCUGAUGUCGCCCACUCAAAAACAGAGCUUCGGUACAAAAAGCUUUUGUCAAGUGUUGAUCUCACAAAAGAUUUCUUCUAUAGUUACACAUAUCCUCUUAUGCAAAGCUUGCAGAAGAAUGUCCUUGCCACGGACAGGGAGAAAAUGCCUUACGAAAAUAUGUUUGUCUGGAAUGCAUAUUUGACACAAACAAUUCGAUCAAGGUGUAAUAAUACACGUUGGACAAUUGCUUUGAUCCAUGGACACUUUAAGCAGGUCAGGCUUUCGAUUUUUGGACGAGAAUUUAGUGUCAUUCUCAUUUCCAGACGAUCUCGUCAUUUUGCAGGGACACGGUAUUUGAAAAGAGGGGUAAAUGAUUGCGGUAGAGUUGCUAAUGAUGUUGAGACUGAACAAAUAGUCCUUGAUGAAGAAGCUGGAUCAUGCAGUGGGAAAAUGAGUUCUGUUGUGCAGAUGCGAGGUUCAAUUCCCCUCUUUUGGUCCCAGGAGGCUUCAAGAUUUAGUCCUAAACCUGAUAUUGUCUUACAGAGAUAUGAUCCUACAUACCAAUCAACUAAACUGCAUUUUGAAGAUCUGGCAAAGCGAUAUGGGAAUCCAAUUAUUGUUCUUAAUCUCAUUAAGACGUUCGAGAAAAGGCCUCGGGAAAUGAUGUUACGACGUGAAUUUGCUAAUGCAGUUGGAUAUCUUAACCAAAUUCUUCCAGAAGAAAGCCAGUUGAAGUUUAUUCAUUGGGAUUUUCAUAAAUUUGCAAAAAGCAAGUCUGCAAAUGUGCUUGCUGUUUUAGGUGCUGUGGCCGGUGAAGCACUUGAUUUGACUGGCUUUUAUUACAGUGGAAAACCAACUAUCUUGAAAAAGAAAUCGACCCAGCUUAGUAGAACAAGCACUGGAAGGGAUACCUCUCUUGGUGAUCUCAGAGCUAGUUCUGGGGACCUUGCAAGGAUGGCAAGUAGUCUUGAAACUUUAAACACAAUGGUCACUCAAGACAAACAAAAGGAAUUAAACCAUAAGCAACAAGUUAACGGACCUCGUUUUCAAAGUGGAGUUCUGCGUACUAAUUGCAUUGAUUGCUUGGAUCGGACCAAUGUUGCACAGUAUGCUUAUGGCUUGGCAGCCUUGGGCCGCCAACUACAUGCAAUGGGACUUACUGAUGUUCCUAAAAUCGACCCAGACAGCAGCAUUGCUGCAGCUCUUAUGGAUAUGUAUCAAAGCAUGGGCGAUGCACUUGCUCAGCAGUAUGGAGGCUCUGCAGCACACAACACUGUCUUUCCUGAAAGGCAAGGCAGGUGGAAUGCUACUACUCAGUCUCGUGAGUUUUUGAAAUCAAUUAGACGUUACUAUAGCAAUGCUUACACAGAUGGUGAAAAACAAGAUGCCAUAAACUUAUUUUUGGGUUAUUUCCAACCACAAGAGGGAAAACCUGCUCUUUGGGAGUUGGAGACCGAUUAUUAUCUUCAUGUUGCCAGAAUUGGUGAUGAAGCAGUUCCUGAUUCUGACAAAAGUUUAUCGCUGGACAUAAUGCCUCCGGAUGGACUUCAAUCAACUCUUUCGCCAAUACCUGCUUGCAAAAGAGAUUUCUCUCGAAUAAAAUUGACGUCAUUUGAUAAGCUAAUUGAGAGGACAUGUAGUUCAAUAAAGAAUGUGAGGCUUUGCAGUGAAUGUGACAUGAAAGCAAGUGUUGCAGCAGGAAAUCCUGGAAUGGCACCAGAUGCAGCUGAAAUACAGCUUAAAACCCCAAACUGGUUGUUUGGCCAAAGAAAGUAUGAAGAAAGUAUACCUGCAACAAAAGUCACCGCAAGUGAAAAGGCAAAUGAGAGAUCUGAAGAUGAUUUAAGCGCUGCUGGUUAUGGUAGCUUAAAUUGGCUUUCUCAUGCUGAUGAUGGAUGUGAGGAGGAUAUCUUCAAAAAAUACCUUGCAAUGGCUUCAAUUGGCGAUGACAACAAUUGGUAUGGUGGGACCUUAAUUUAUGAUGAAGAUGAAAGUAGUGAGGCCUACAAGCAUUAUGCCGAAUUAUGUCAGGGCCCAGUUAUGGAUCCCUUUGAGCACGACCCCGAAAAAGAGAAACACUAUGCGGAUGCUUUGUGCAUGGAGCUGGACAGCACCGAUGAUGCUCUUGUCGAAGCCGAAAUGGUGGCUGCUCUCAAGGAAUAUGAUCAGAUCGGGGCGGACCUCGGAAUAGUCUCUUCAUGCAAGGGCGUUGCGGAAGAUCCGAGCCAGCUGACCAGAUGGAUCAUAGGGGAAGAGAAGGUGCAGGGAUGGAGGAAAUGAAAUGGUUACCACGGCAGACACAUUCGUUCUAUGUUUGAAGUCCUUGCAGUGAUUGCUUUGUGUAUCGAUCGGAUGCAUUCUUCUGACAAAUCGAUUGCUUUGUGUAUCAAUCCGAUGCUUACCACCGAUUGAUUGCUUUGUGUAUUGAUCCGAUGCAUUCUGACAAAUUUUGUAUAGCAUCGGUCCGUUUCCUUGGGAUAAAAACUCGGGCUUCUCUAAGAGAUAGCUAGCAGCUAUACAUGAGUUGGUGGUAAAAUGAGUUGGUCUUUUUUUA